AUGAUCGCGCGGGGCGCCGCCGGGCGCUGCCCUCCCACGACAUGGCUGAGCCACCUGCUACUGCUGGUCUGUCUCCUGGUGAGCAGGAGUAUUACCGAGGAGGUGUCAGAGCGCUGUAGCCACAUGAUUGGGAACGGACACCUGCAGUUCCUGCAGCAGCUGAUUGACAGUCAGAUGGAGACUUCGUGCCAAAUUGCCUUUGAGUUUGUAGACCAGGAGCAGUUGAAAGAUCCCGUGUGCUACCUUAAGAAGGCCUUUCUCCUAGUGCAAGACAUAAUGGAGGACACCAUGCGCUUCAAAGACAAUACUCCCAAUGCCAAUGUCAUUGUGACGCUCCAGGAACUCUCUCUGAGGCUAAGCAGCUGCUUCACCAAGGACUAUGAAGAGCAGGACAAGGCCUGUGUACGAACUUUCCAUGAGACACCCCUCCAGUUGCUGGAAAAGAUCAAGAAUGUCUUUAAUGAAACAAAGAAUCUCCUUAAAAAGGACUGGAACGUUUUCAGCAAGAACUGCAACAAGAGCUUUGAGAAAUGCUCCAGCCAAGAUGUGGUGACCAAGCCUGAUUGCAACUGCCUGUACCCCAAAGCCACCCCUACCAGUGACCUGGCCUCUGUCUCCCCUCAGCAGCCCCUUGCCCCCUCCACGGCCCCCAUGGCUGGCUUGACCCGGGCUGACUCUGAGGGGACAGAGGGCGGCUCCCUCUUGCCCAGUGAGCUGCCCCUCCGCACAGUGGACCUGGACCCGGGCACUGCCAAGCAGCGACCACCCAGGAGCACCUGCCAGAGCUUUGACUCUCCAGAGCCUCCGGGUGUAGAGGCCAGUCCUAUCGGAGACUCACCUCAGCCCCAGUCCUCUGCCGGGGCCCCCACCCCUGGGAUGGAGCACAUUCUUGACUCUGUGUUAGGCACUAACUGGACCCUAGAAGAGGCCUCCGGAGAGGCUAGUGAGGGUCCCGUACCCCAAGGGGCAGAGCUUUCCUCCUCCAGGCCGGGAGGAGGCAGCAUCCAGGCCAAGAUGACCGCCAGGCCCAGUGACCUCUUGUCAGCAUCUUUUCCAUUGUCCUACUCAGCCAGGAGCCAGCAGCCAGAGGACAUGACUAGCAUACCCCUGCCCACGGUGGGCCCUGCGAGACCCACUGGCCAGGCCCAGAGUCAUACACCUGAGAAGACAGACCGUCCAUCUGCCAAGCCCAGAGACCACCAGGAGCCAGGCUCUGCCAGGACCCCGUCGCGGCCCCCACGAAGCCUCAGCAGUCUCAGGACCCCGUCACGGCCUCCACGAAGCCCCGGCAGUCCCUCGGCCCUCUCUGCACAGCCAGGUCUUCCCGGAAGCCACUCCUGGGGCCAUGUGCUGCCCCUCAGGGAGUUGGAGGGCAGAAGGAGCACCAGGGAUCGGAGGAGCCCCACAGAGCUGGAAGGACAAGCAAGUGAGGGGCACAGGCCCUCAGCCCGCUUUAAUUCCGUUCCUUUGACUGACACAGGCCAUGACAGGCAGCAGGAGGGACCCUCAGACCCUCAGCUCCCCGGGUUUGUCUUCCGCCUGCUGGUGCCCAGCAUCAUCCUGGUCCUGCUGGCCGUCGGCGGCCUCCUGUUCUACAGGCAGAGACGGCGGAGCCAUCGAGAGCCUCAGACAGUGGAUUCUCCCAUGGAGCGACCAGAGGGCAGCCCCCUGACCCAGGAUGAGGACAGACAGGUGGAGCUCCCAGUAUAG